UUUCUUCCGGGUUUUUUCCCGUAACUCAGUGGGGCAUGAAAACAGAUUCACACCCCCAUAUCCAUACACAUACACAGGCAACUGGCAGCUGCAGCCCGCUCUAGCAUAACAUUCUCCUGAUUCGUCAUUCUGCAUGACGUCAUGUGUAACCAAGUGAGGUGAUAUUUGCUGUAUCCUGGUAUGUGAUGUUACAUCUUUCUCUUAAACGUCCAUUUGAAGUUAUGGUGUAUAAGCCGUUAUCAACUCUUCUGGCUAAAGGCCUUUUGUCUUGACCAUUGUGGCGAUGAGACCCAUGAAUGAAGCAGAAAGAAAACAAAUGCAUACCAUAUUUAUGAGUGGAUUGUGAACAAUUUGAUUGCUUUGGUUUUUGUCCUGAAGAUACAGAAUAUGAAUAUGUCUUGUUCUACGGACCCAUCUCUCAACUACCUGAGCUGCCUCCUGCACCUAUGUGUGGAAUGGCUGGAGCUGGAGAAUCUGGAAGACUAUCUGAACUAUGUAGACUACCUUUUGUGGGUCUUCACGCCAAUCAUAAUAAUUUUUAUACUGCCAUUCUUAAUUGUCAUUUUCUUCUACCUAUCCAUCCUCUUCCUCCUAGUAUACAAGCGCAAAAAUGAGCUGAAGGAGGCCUAUUCAAACAGUAUAUGGGACGGUGCAAGGAAAACGUUGGCUUCUUUGUGGGAUGGGCAUGCUACAAUAUGGCAUGGUUAUGAACUAUAUGGUCUAGAAAAAAUCCCCACUGAAGGACCUGCACUAAUUGUGUAUUAUCAUGGAGCACUUCCAGUAGAUUAUUACUACUUUGUCUGUAAGGUCAUUCUCCUGAAGGGCAGGACCUGUCACACUGUAGGUGACUACUUCCUCUUCAAAAUACCAGGCUUUAAACCAUUGCUUGAAGUGUUUAAUGUAAUCCACGGGCCAAAAGAGGCCUGUGUUAAAGCCUUGAAGAACGGUCACCUGUUAGCUAUCUCACCAGGGGGUGUGCGAGAAGCACUUUUUAGUGAUGAAAACUAUGCCAUCGUUUGGGGAAACCGUACGGGCUUUGCUCAGGUGGCCAUAGAUGCAAAAGUGCCCAUCAUUCCAAUGUUUACACAAAACGUGCGUGAAGGCUUUCGGUCACUUGGCGGUUUAUGGAUAUUUAGGAUGCUUUAUGAAAAAUUCAAAUUUCCAUUAGUUCCUGUCUAUGGAGGUUUUCCAGUCAAAUUGCGCACAUAUCUUGGUGACCCUAUACCGUACGAUCCAAAUCUUACUGCUGUUGAACUAGCUGCAAAGACAAAGUAUGCUAUACAAUCUUUGAUUAACAAACACCAAAAAAUACCUGGAAACAUAUUUCGGGCUCUGUUGGAAAGAUUUCACAAAAGGCAUAAAGAAGAAUAAAGAUUGUUUUUACUCAAAGUAAUAUUUUUAAGACUCUCAGUGUACCACAUCAUACGUUUGUAUUAACUUUAUAUAAGGUUUUAAGAAAAUUGGUUGUUUACCAUGGCAAUAGCUGCUUUAGAGAGAUACAUAUCAUUAUCAGAAGAAAAUGUUCAAGGGACAGAUAUUCAUUUGGUUGAUAAAAGUUCAAGUACAGGUUAUGUAUGGCUUGCCCAGUUGGUAGCUGUUGAAAGCUGGUUCUAGUCAAGGGAAUGCCAACUCAGCCUUGCAAAAUGUGCAUUGGUGUGCUCUCUAGGGGCAUAGCCCUUGAAAACCUUCUUGCAUAUGUGUAUCUGGUGUCCCUUAGUGUGGGCAAGUAGAGAUCAGACAUAUGAUCCUGUAUUGAUAUCUCCUCGGGUAAACACAUUAUUCUCUGCAGGUAAUACAUUUCAGCAUUGUAUUGUUGUUUUUGAUGUCCCUUUAAUAAUUGACUGAUAUAGUAUUUCUGAAGAAGAGAGAAAUUGCUGUAAUAGGGAUGUGGAAGGAUCACUUUUGAACCUCUUUUGCUGGAGGGGUGGGGGGAUUUAAACUGAAUUCCUGUGGAUACAAUGAAAAAGCAAAGGUUUUGUUGUUCUCAUGAUUAUUAUAGACAGGUUGGUUAAGGGAAUUCAGGUGUUCUAAAAUAAAUAAAUCAGGUGUAAACACUGUUUAACAGUGGUAGCUUUCUGUGCAAUUGGUAUUAUGUUACUGAUGAUUUGAAGGUUAUUGUGUCUACUGUACGUGCUGCAGAGUGUUGAAUGAAUUCUUUAUAUAAUAAAACAAUGUUUUAUGCCUAUUAAAA